AAGAAGACUGGGAGUAAAAUGAAAAAUGAAAAAGACAAAGAAAUAAAGGAGAGAGAAAAAAAAUAAAAAAGAUUUAAAAUGACAUUCCGAGUUCCGACGCAGGCGGUGGCGACGACGACGAUGACGACGACGACGUACACCCUCUCGACUUCUGUCUUCUUCUCUAUUGUCUUCUUCUGCUUCUCUUCUAAAUUCUUUCCCAUAUCCCUAAUUCUUCCUUUCUAAUCUCCAUUUCUGGUUUGGUUGCUAUCAGAGUCGCUCCCAUCGGUAUCAGAAUUGCAUCAAUACGACUUCUCGGAUGAUCGUUAGCUAGAACGGAGGACGAGACAAACGCCUCUUCUUCGGUUCUUCCAUCACCUGAACUCUUGCGAAAAGUGGGAGAGGAGAGAAGAAUGUAACUUGGAUUAUCGUGUAGUCGCGCUCGGACUAAGUAAGUUAGGAAGAAAACAAAUGGUUGAAGUUGCUUCUGAAGAGGGAACUCGACGGCGCCUUCCAUCAUGGAUGCUGGGUGUUUCUGCUGCUGACCAAGUGAGGAAGUCUGAUAAUGGAGAUCAAAACGAUACUGUCAAAGUGGAAGGACGUGUCACUAGCCGCUCAAAGGCUAAAAGAAAGCCUGGGAAAGCUGAGUUGCAUCAAGAAAAGGAAGUUUUUGUAGCAAGUUCAGAUGAACUUUCAAAGCCUGCAAGGAGAAGGAAAAGAAAGUUCAAUGGACAGGAUGCUGAAUGUGAUGCUGAAAUUGCUUUGAAGGAGAAGAAGAGUAAUGCAGAAAGGAGAGAAGUUGGGGAAUCUAGUCUUGGGGUUAAAAUGAAAGCAGAAGGCAUUGGCUCUGGAAGUAGUAAAGAUAUUGAAAUCCCAUCCCCAAUUGAUGAUGGUAGUAAAAAACUUACAGUCAAUGCUGCUGAAACUGCUGUGCAGAAGAUUAAGAAUGGUGGAGUCAAUAGAAAGGCUUGGGGAUCUACUCUUGAUGAAAAAGUGAAAAUAGUAGGCAUUGGCAGUGAAGGUUGUAAAGAUUUUGGGAUCCCAUCUCCAGUUGAUGAUGAUGAUGAUGAACUUACCGUAGAAGAUUUGAUCAGCAUUGCUAAAGAGUAUGUCAAAGCUGACCAAGAUGUGGAAAGACCAAAAUCGUCGAAUCUGGAUUGUGAACUAGAAAGGCAAUUUCCAGCAACAGCUUCUUAUAGAAAUGAGUCAGAAGGCUGUCUCAAUGCCAGUAAUAGUACUCAAAGGUCACCUACUCAUGAAGCAGCAAGCAAUAACUCGACUGUAUGUCUGGCAAAUGAACACAGUUCCAUUAAUACCAGCAGAACUGGGGAUCCUGUUCAGGAUAUGCUGGAUCUGUAUUUAGGUCAUUUGCUAAAUAAACCUGUACAGGAGCAGAGAACUGAAUCUAUUACGAAGGAUGUUGCAAUUGCCAAUGAUUUGGAAAAACAGAGUCUCAAUGAUGUUCAAGAAGAAAGAGUCCCCACAUUGAAAAAGAAGAGGAGUUUAAGAGACGAGGCAGCCUUGUUGCUUAACUGAAGAAUUGAUCUUCUCAGGUUCAUCUCCAUCAGCUGCACCAUUUCUAUGACAUAAAUGCAUCAAAAUGUAUGCAAAUUGUAGAUUUUGCACUUCAACUUAAGUGCUUACUAAUGAAUUUAAACAUGUGAGGUUUAACUGGAUUCUAUUGUUCAAGUGUUGCUACUUCAUUUAUCUUUACCCCUAAUGAGCAUAUAAAGCAGCAGACGCAGU